AACUUGCUGUCGGGUUAGUAUUAUCGAGAGAUAGAAAGAGUGCAACCUGCUGGACAAACGAUGAUCAUCCGAGUACGAACGCACGCAGGGGUUUGGCGGGUGAAUGACGUGGCGCCGGACACGACGAUCAAGGAGCUGAGGCAGAGGCUGAGCACGGAGCACAACGCCAACCUGUCGGACGACACUCGGCAACCCUUGACGAUAAAGCCGAACCCCCGGGGGGACCAGGAAACGCUGGCCCUGGAGUCGACGCUGCAGUCACUGGGAAUAGGGCACGGAGACAUGAUUCAUCUCAACCUCGAUGAAAGCAUUCGGGAUAUGGCGCACGAGGAGGCCGGAGGGCCGAAGCGCAUCAACAAGGACGGCACCAUCGAGCAGCAGUCGUUCGACGAGAUCUCCAACAAGACGGGCUUCCGACCAGGAAUGAUGAGCCUCAGAAGCAUGAAGAUGAAGUGGACCCUGGCAGACUUCACGGAGAUGAACGACCAGUUCACCUUCCGCCUCAAGAAGCCCGAGAAGGGUGUGUGCACCAAAGUCAGCCUCGACUCGGCGGCCUGCAACAGCUUCCAGUCCUUCGUCAGGCAGUUCGGCUUCCACCGGGCGAGGAUGGGUUAUCUCUACGGGCACUUCACGGACGACGACACCAAGGUCCGUGUGGAGUGCGUGUACGAGCCCCCACAGGAGAAUUACCCGGAGGGGUUCCAGGUGUCGGAGGACCCAAAGGCGGACACGGUGGAGGCGUUGGCGGGACUGUUGGGUCUCAAGAGGGUGGGGUGGAUUUUCGCGCACCCGCCAAGGGAAGAGGGCUUCCUGUUCAGCUCCGCGGAAGUGAUCACGGCGGCCACGCUGCAGCUAGAGGCGGCGGACGGGGUCAAUGACACCCCCUUUGUCACCGUCACGGCGGAGGAGGACGGUAGCGCACAUUUCGACGCCUUCCAGGUGUCUAAGCAGUGCAUGGAGAUGGUGGCUGAGGGGGCGUUGGAAGUCGGCGAGAAUCCGGGGCACUGCAUGGUGCCGAAGACGUUCACGGCGAUCGUUGAGAUGAAGGAAGCGAAAGAGGUGGAUACGACGAUGUUUCUGAACACGGUCCCGAUCGAGCAGCACGAGAGCGCCAAGUUCCUGCACGACUUCCCCCGCGCCAACCGCGACGGCAUCAUGCAGACGUGGGACGACGUCAAGCGGCAGCUGGGGAGAGCCGGCGGGCAGGGGUUCACCUACAUGGACGUCCUGUCGGACUUCCACCUUCUCCUGUUCCUCACGGCAUUUUUGGACAUGCAAACCGACAUGCCAAAGAUUUGCGAUUCCGUCGUGGACAGAGAGAAGCCGCUAGACGACGGCUUCAAGUUCUUGAUCAACAACUUUGCCGGACUAGACGCGUGAAGAGGACACCGCUUCUUUUUGUAGACGGUAGCGCUCUCCCCGAGGGUGAGGGAUGCCAACGCCGUAGCAACGUAAGAGAGACGGCGAGAGUACGGGAAGCUGCUAUUCUGUACUUCCUGAUCGGCAUCUCUAUGGAGAAUCUGGUGGUGACUUGGACUGCUGUCGGCCGUUGCGGAGCUUGGAGGAGGGGAGGAUAGGCUGAAUAGCUUUCAUCUUGUGCAAGGUGCAGCCAGUGGCGCGUUGGUGCAACGUCCUCUUGUUCGGUGCAGGAGACGUGAGACAUGAUAGAAUUGCGGAAGACAAAUUACAACAGCAGUGACAACCCGAACGUUCACGAAGUCCAUCGUUUGGGUUGUUGAUGUUGAACCGUUCAAGCAGGCACUAAGCUGUUUCUGUCACGCACGUUUUGGUUUGUGGUCUGUAUUUGUCAUGUAAGAGGUGCUUGUGUCAACACACGUUUUUUCUGUGCUUCCUGGUUUGACGUCUCUCUGUGGUCCAUGUCGUUCCGUACCGUGUUGUCUGCGGUGUUGUAAGGAGAACGAUAGACGGUGGGUUGAGAGGAAACGACCCUGUUCUAUCCGCUUUUCUUCUCCGGCUGUGUCUCGUGUCUGCUGAAUCGUCUCGCGCUGCUGUUGCUGCGCUGCUUCCGCUGUUGUUGCCGCCGCCCGUGCCGGGGCGGACACGGCUGUUUGCAUCUCCGUCGUCUGUGCGGCAGCCGCAAGGGUCACACUCUUGUCGACGAAAUUGUCCCCAUCCCAUCUGCUGUGUGCCUUGCUAUUACAGCAGCUUUUGUAGAAAUCGUGUGACGGAGUUCUUACUAGGUCAUUAGGCCAUGUCAGUGGUGGCAUCAACUAGGGGGGGGGGGGCGAGACGUUGAACAUGGUUCGUGGUCCCUCUUUCCCCGGGUUGCUCCAGACCUGUAUGCAUAGUAAGUACACUGGGAAGAGAUCGAUACCAAUACCAACCAGGCUUCAUGUUUCUUCUCCGGAAAGACUCUUCUUUUGAGCUCUAUUGACCAUUUAUACUGAGAUAAAAGAAAAAGUGCCUUCCUUCGUCGACUGUGAAAGGCGACGAAAUGACGCUUCACUCUUAUGUAGGUGUUGCUUUUGGUUGACUAGGUCUGCUGUUCAACGCAAAACAAGCAAGAGCGAGUCAAGGGAUGGUGGACGGGUCUUAGUCUUCUCUUCAAGGUCCCACUAGAG